AUGACUCCAGCCACGGAACGAAGCGCCUUUCUUGAUGAGGUCAACUCUAUAGAUGAUAAAGAAAUUCUAAGACGUAUGCUCAUACAAAAAGAAAAAGAAAAAGAAGAUAUGGCUCAAAAUUUGGAUGUUGCUGCUCGUCUUGGCCUUGCAAUUUCCGAAAAAAAUGAUGAGCUACAAUUGAAACUUGAUCAGGCUAAACAGGCUGUUAAUCAAGCUAAACAGGCUGAAGAACAAGCUUAUCUAAAGUUAUCUAAGCUAGAAGAAGAAAAUCGUAUCUUGUCUUCAAAAGCUUUACGAAGCAAUGAUCUUGCGUCUCAACUAGCUGCUAGUGAAGAACAAGUUAAAACAUUACGAGAACAUAGAGCUUUCCUUCAGAAAGAACUCGAUACUGCACGACGAGAGCUAAAACGUUUCCGAAAAGAAUUAGAUAAUCUCUCUGGACAAAUGAGUGAUAUGGCGGAGGAUAUGUGGGAAUCACGAAAUAAAGUAAAUACUUACGCUAAAAAAUUGACCGAAGUUGAACAACAUCUAGCUGAUACUCAAGAAAUGAAUGUUAAUUUGUCUAUACAGCUCGAAAAGUCCCUUAGUUCCCAAAAAUUAUCUAAAAAUGAACAUUUACGUGCUAGCAUAAAUGAAUUGGAAAACCGUCAGGUUAAAUGUGAAGGUAAACUUAGUGAAAUGAUGGUGUCGGCCCAAGAAUAUGCCCAUCUUUUAGAAGAAGCUCAAGAUACCAUACAUUCGUUGGCUGAGACUCGUCUAGAAUCUGACAUAGAAAAUCUAGAUAUAUCUCAAGGACGACGUCGUGAUCACCAUACUGAUAAGACUAUUAAAGAUUCGCCUACCAUGAAAGGCACUCCGUUUUCUACGGAGGUAGAACAAUCAUUAGAAAAGUCCAUUGAGGAGCGUCUAAUUUCUAAGAUUACUCCUUCACGAACCCAGUUUCAACAUGGCAGUAAUACUUCUGUUGACAUGAAAAAAGCUGCUGCAGGUUUGAAAUAUUUGCUGUCUACCAGUGAAGAAGGUAAAGAUGGUGGUAAAGGAAAAAGCCCCGAGAGACGACCAUUUGGAAAAAAAAGUGACUAUACGACUUCACGACAGGGAAAAUAUCCUUUUACACCUCAUUGA